UUUAAACUCUUCUUGCACUAGUACUUCAAGACAGGCUCUUUUUUCAGUAGCAACUUUUUGUCACGAAGGCCUUACGCCGUUCACGCAUUUACGCAUUCACGCAUCCAACGCUCUCUCAUAAAGAACCCAAGCAAGAUCCAUUCAAGAAUUUAUCAACGCUCAACGAUUUUAACAUUCGCCAUGAUUCCUUUUAUUCCAACUCUUAUUCUGGCUUUCAUCUCGUUUAUAUCAUCAGCUUUUGUGAUUUUUCGCAUAGUAAUUCCAAUUCUUCCGCCUCAUCCUUUAAGCAGACGUGUUGCUCCCUCCGAGUUUGGACUGCCUGACUAUAAUUUUCGUUCUCUUUCUUCAGCCGACAAGAGUCACCUAUGGUUGGCUUCCCUCGAUAUCCUGGCCCUAUGCGUCUUUGUUUGGCAGGCAUUUAGUGAAUACUAUGGUGGCCCUGCAGCAUAUGGCGAGGCCCGCGACGCUGCAUCCUCGGCAAGGUUGUGGUUUGCUUUGACAAUCAGGCAAACUUGUCUUUUCGUUGUGUCCGCACUCACGUUGAUACACAUUCGUAUGGGGCGGUCGGUGUCUUUCGGAUCCAGACACUGGAUGUUGUGGGCACCCAUCCUGCUCCUGGGACUCACCUCCACUGUGCUCUCUGGCGUUUUUGCGGGGGGAAGUAUUCCAAGCUUCUUCGUUGGACUUUUGGCAUAUUCCACUACUAUUGCCGUCCUGAGUAGUGCAUCAUUUGGUAGUCUCGUGUACACUCUUGUGGUAAUCCGGCGCAAUCUCGCUGCACUCAAUGAUCCCGCAGACAGCUGGCCACCUGUCAAAGAAGUUGAGGACAAACCCCGCCCCUCGUUUGCGACUGAGGAUGUUGACGUCCUCAGGGAAGGCAGCUCCUGGCUCACCUCUGAUGCUGGCAGUACGCAUCACGGCUCAGUGUCCAACUGGUCUUUCUCGACCCAUCAAACGCAUCCCCGUUCUGGUUGCUUGGGAGUCGAUUGCGCCACGACAUCCAAAACCUCUUCUGUGCCUAAAUCGUCUUACUGGUUCGAUCCGCCCACACCUAUGACCGGUGACGCAUUGAUUCCGCCAGUCCCACCAUUGCCUUCCUCUCACCCUUCAUCACCCGCUGACGCACUAAGCUCUGAUCCUGACCCUUUCCGUCGAGAUGCUCCAGGUCGGCCGCGUCUCAGCUCGCAGAGCUCAUGGCUGACAUCACCGUCUGGGUCUCAAAUCUCACUCUCUGCAUGGUCAUAUCCCACUAGCCAUCAAGGUGUCAGUGCUGUUGAUCUUAACGCUGAGCUACUUCCCCAAUGCAAUCGGCCCCCGACUCCUGCUCUGUCAACUGCUCGAGUUCUUGGAGGAUACGGAUAUCAGGGUGAUUCAGAAAGGGGUAUUGCUUCUCUAGCGCAUAGCGGCAAUGAUGUUGACAUUUCAAUUUAUCGGUACGCCUGCUGGAUGAUGACAAUCUGGGCGCCUUUAGUGCUCUCCCUGCCAUACAUGCUAUCUUUUGUUGGAAAGGGCUUCACAUCUUCUGCCACACCUCUUUUUCUUGCCUUCUCGGUUACGCUGUCUUCGCCCCUCCUUGCUAUGAACAUCAUUAUGCGCUCGCCGAUCCCCAUCCCGACCGGUCUUUUCGAGGUUCAUGGGGAGCCUCCCUCGAUCUGCAUGCGGGCGCCAUCUCCGGCUAGCACUCUCACCGACCGCAACCGCGAGUACAAACGGUCUGGGUCUGUCACAGUUGUUGAAGGGAGACGCUCUGGCGAUGUCUGGAUCUCACAAGGGGAUGCCGUGGAGGGGAAAGGCAAACUCAGCAGGGCACUUGGUCUCAUGACCCCUGUUCCGCGCCUGGCUGUACUGCCUCCUGACGAUGAAAAGGAAGAUGGAGAAAUGACGCCCCCUCUGCCAAUGCAGACUGAGUCUGAAUCAUUCAAUACUUCUGUGUUCCCUAACACCCCCCGGUCUGCAGAAUUCGGGAGAAUCAGGAAGCAGUCAGUUCAGUCGAGGAUAUCAGGUGAUGAAUUCACCUCGAGAAUAAUGAUUGCCCAAAGGCAUUAUUCUGCAGUCGCAACUACCGUGGUUGUCACUGCAUCGCCGGAGAAGCAUAGUGGCGAUUUUCUCACUGUGACUACUGGCGUUGGCGUGGAGAAGAGGAAGUCGGUCCUUCCUAGUCCUUCACACCUCCGCUCCCGUUCUGUUUCCUCGGCCAUCGAUCAGGCGAUCAGCACAGACUGUGGCCCCAGCCCCAGCCGACCUCCGUCUCAACCUCUUCCUCCCACACCUCCUAAUGUCCGUCUUGCUAAGCAGCAAUCAACGCGCACUCUCAUCCACCGGAAGUCGUAUUCUUCUGGUUAUAGCUUCGGCGCAGCAGUCAACGACGAUGUUAAUGAGAUCGACGCGCUCACCGCUGGUGUUCUGCCGCUUCUUGUGCCCGGCUUGAGGGUUGGAAAUGAUAUGAAGAUCAAAGAUUUCGAGUUCGAGUUCGACCCCCCUGUCAGCAGCACUGUGACAAAGAAGAAACGCCUGCCUUCUCGCAUUCAGAAGGAUAAUGGUGAGUUCGGUGUGCUCGCCAAUGGAGAGUGGGAAAGUAUCGCGCCGCACUCGACACACGCCAACGGCAAGGUCAGGCUCAAGAAAGCGUCUGCGCACAAGGGACAUCACUUCAGUCUUCCUAGUCUCGGUCUUCGCAAGGGCACAACCAACAACUUGAAAUCCGAGAUUAGUCGCGCGCUUGCUACGAGCAUUGGUGGAUACGCCGCUGUAAACACCGGGAAGCACGACAUGGUCUGGGGGGACGAAUCGGACCCAAAUCAUCUCGCACGUCCCCCCGUCAAUGUCGAUCAGCAGCCUGUUCAGGAUAGCGCCUCCCUCGGCCGCACGAUGUCUACUCGCACUCUUGGUCUUCAUGCUGAAGCCCCUCAGGGCAUGGAAAAUGCACGUAGCUCCGUCGCUGCCCAUGACACCACAACCAUACUUCCUCCGUCAUCCGCUGCAUCCACAGUCACCCUCUUUGACCCUAUGGCCGAAUUUGACCCCACUGCGCAAAGCACGCCACUGCAAGCGAAAGAAUAUAAUUUUACACGAAAAUAUCAAGCUGCUAUUAUGCCUCGCUCUCAACCGACUUCAAAGCGCUCAAGUAUUGUCUACAUCAAAUCAUCCGAAGAACACACCCAAGCGCCAUCAGAGUCAGAGCCAGAGGCUCAACCGCCCACCGAACGAAAUAACACCAAUGUCAUGUCAUCUCUUACAGUCUCACAGUGGCCCACCCGGGCGGUGAAACCACUUAUACUCUCGUCUGGCAAGCAGCGCAAGGACGACCCAGAGCCCGCAACGAAGUCGGGCUCGAAUUCUCUUCGUACUCUUUCCCUUCUUAAGGAUCGUGAUUCGAACCAUGAUAGUACUGGCGAUGUCACCCGUAACGGGUUCGCAGGUACACGACCGCUCGUUCUUGGAAAGAAGAAGUCAAAAACAGUGAAAGAACACGAUGAGAACGUUGCUCCCGGUGCUAGUUCUGUGAACAAGCGUUUGAAGCCGCUCAAGCUUAGUCGGACAGACUCGAGCAAGGUUCGCGGAAUGCUUCGCAAGGACGAAACGCUCCCUAUCGUGUUGGUUCGCCCACCAUCUGACCGGAUGGAGUCGAUUUACUAGGUUCGGUGAACCCCCUCAGGCUGAGUUGAACAUUUCCCUCGAAUUAUGCUCUGUUUGCUUUGGGAUUCGCUUUUUUUUUGCUUACUUGACCGUCUGCUCUCAGUUUUGCUUUCGUCUUCCAUUCUAUUUCAUGUUGCUUUCACGUUAUCCGCAGUGCGUUUGAUUUUGCUGUCACGUUUUUACAUAAAGUUUAGUUGUCAUGAAGUUAACUAAUGUUCAGAAUAUCGCAUAUAUCGUCACGCCGUAUGUAUACAAUACAACUACUAUGCCCUUACCCUUUCAAUCUUAUAUGUUAAUCCUUUUCGUGUUAAUCACUGGUCACGACUUGAAUUAGACUUUUGUGGUGGUGUAACACAUGCUAGUAAUCACCAGUAGGUACAUAAAUUG